GUCCCAUGCUUGUUUUGUGCCUACAAGAGGUCUGCACGUUUUUCUUCAUUAACGAUUAACUCAUGGCCAAAGACAAAUCUUUGAAACCAGAAAUGCUUCCAACCAAAAGGAGGAGUCGAGAUGACUUUCAUGAGAAAAGGAUGGAGGACUCUACAGUCAAAAAUAAAAAGAAGAAAAUCGAAAUAGAGGAAGUUCCAGUACAGAUUCCUGAUGUGACAGGAACAACAGAUGUUAAAAAACAGAAAAAGAAAAGAAAAAAGAAACAAACAGCAAAGGAAGCAGAGAUUUCAGAUCCACCCAUUGCACCAAAGGAGGCACAUGAGGUGGAGGUAGAGGAAGACCUGAGCCCAGAGGAGAAAAGGGUCCUGGAGAGGAAGAUGAAGAAGAUCUUGAAAAAGGAGGAGAAGCAGAGAAUGAAAGCUGAGGGAGUGACACCAGAGAAAACCAAGCCAUCUGGACCCACUGCACCUCAGCAGGCCCUAGACUAUCUCACAUGCUGGGCUGAAAACCGCACAGAAUGGAAGUUCCAAAAGACCAGACAGACGUGGUUACUGCAGCACAUGUUUGACCCUGAAAAGAUUCCAGAUGAGAAGUUUUCCUUGCUGCUACAGUACCUUGAGGGGCUGCGUGGAGGAGCCAGAGACACCACAGUGCAGAAAGCCUUGGCUCUUAUAGAAGAGUCGGGACAAGCACCAGAAGACACAGACGUCCAGCAGAGGGCGCACCGAGCCAGAGAAGUUAUUCAGCUGCUCACUUAAGCACAUUACUGCCACAGAAAAGACCUUUAAAUCCUGCAGAAAAAGACUGAAACAUGCUCACGAGUGGACUAAUAUCUCCCUCGGAUAUUGUUUUGAAUGUAGUGUUUCUUAUUGGUGUUUUGAGUAAUGGAGGAGUUUGAUGUAAUUACAAGCCAUGCUCAUAUUUUUAUAUGAAUACAUCUAGAUUUCUUUA